AUGCAUCUGGUCAAGUCGAUUCUUUUCGCAUCUUUGGCUGCCUGUAGCACAGCAAUGCCCAGUCGAAGACAGGCCAACGUCUUGCAGGUUCAGGACUACGCGCAGUUCCAGAUUUCGGAUGGACUUGCAGGAAACGCACUCCAAGAGGUUGAACAGUUUCGGGCGAACCUAGCUGGAGUCAGUCAACAGGAUUUGGAGAUCCUCAAAGCCGCGCGGGAGACAGCAGAAGCCGCCGAAACAGACGCGGGCGGUUUCAAUGACGCCAUCGCUCAGGUUGGAGAGGAUAGUAAUGAUGGCAAGGCGCUACAAACUGGAAAGAUCAAGAACAAAGUAUUGAAGCUGGAACUUCAAGUACUUGCUCUCCAAAUUGAGCAGGCUCAAGGCGAUGACAACCAGGAGAAAAUCGACGAGGAGCAGCAGAAGCUAGAUAAGAAUGUGGCCACGGACAAGGAGAGCGCGGGCGACCAAAGCCAAAGCGUCAACUUUCAGGGUUCGUCACAGCCAUGA